GAACUUUCUACAUCGCCGGUAUGACCACCAUGCGAAAUACUGCGGCAUAGCUUCAUUCAUUAUCGUGCACAAACGAAGGAAAAGCAAAAAAAGUAACAGUCACUAUCUUAAUUCAAUUUUGACACAAUGGAUCAGGUGUCAGUGUUAAAGGAUAAAGGGAAUGCAGCGUUACAGGCAGAAAAAUAUGACGAUGCAAUUAAGUUUUAUACCGAAGCAAUUGCAAUAGAUGGAAAUAAUCAUGUUUUAUACAGCAACAGAUCUGCUGCUUAUGCUAAAGCUCAAAAGUUCGAGCAGGCAUUGGAAGAUGCUGAAAAAACAGUGUCAUUGAAAAGUGAUUGGGCUAAGGGAUAUUCUAGAAAAGGCAGUGCAUUAGCUUACUUGGGAAGAUACGAUGAAGCAAUAGAAGCCUAUGAGAAAGGCCUUCAAUUAGAUCCCAAUAACGCUCAAAUGAAAGAAGGUCUGGCUGAAGUUAAAACACGAAAAGAAGAAAAUACAUUUAAUCCAUUUAAUACUCCAGAUCUUUUUACUCGCUUAAGAAAUGACCCACGAACUAGAGAAUACCUAGAUGAUCCAGAAUACAUAAAACUUUUGAAUAAUUUGAGAACAAAUGCACUCAAUUCAGCUGCUAACUUUCGGGAUCCUCGUAUUAUGACAACUAUAAGUGUCAUUCUUGGACUAAACACUGGUGGUGAAGCAAUGGAUGUUGAUCCACCAAAACAAGAGGAACCAAAGCCUCAGCCUAAACCUCAACCAGCAGAAGAACCAAAUAUUCCACCAGAAAAGAAAGAAGCUUUAAAAGAAAAACAAAAGGGUAAUGAUGCUUAUAAGAAAAAAGAUUUCGAGACUGCUCUUAAACAUUAUAACAAAGCUAUUGAGUUAGACCCAACAGAAAUAACGUAUUUAUUGAAUAUUGCUGCUGUAUAUUUUGAACAAAAAGAGUAUAAAAAAUGUAUUGAAGAAUGUGAGAAAGCAAUUGAUCUAGGUCGAGAAAAUCGAGCUGACUUUAAACUUAUCGCCAAGGCCUUUACACGAAUUGGUCAUUCAUACGAAAAAAUGGAAGAUUGGAAGCAAGCAAAGAUUUAUUAUGAAAAAUCUAUGGCUGAACAUAGAACUCCAGAAAUAAAAACAAUUCUUUCUAAGUUGGAGCAGAAGAUUAGAGAAGAAGAGAGAAAAGCUUAUAUAGAUCCAGUCAAAGCAGAAGAAGAAAAAGAAUUAGGUAAUCAGAAAUUUAAGGAUGGAGACUAUGCAGGAGCUGUGAAACAUUAUAGUGAAGCUAUUAAACGUAAUCCUGAUGAAGCUAAGUACUACAGUAAUCGUGCUGCUUGCUACACAAAACUCGGAGCAUUUGAUUUAGGAUUGAAAGACUGCGAAAAAUGUGUAGAACUUGACCCUAAAUUUGUCAAAGGAUGGGUAAGGAAAGGAAAAAUUCUUCAAGCCAUGCAACAACAUAGAAAAGCAUUAAAAGACUAUCAAACUGCACUUCAACUUGAUCCUUACAAUGCUGAAGCUUCAGAAGGAUAUAGAAGUUGCUCUGUUUACUUUGAUUCCAAUCCUGAAGAAGUUAGAAAAAGAGCCAUGGCUGAUCCUGAAGUUCAAAGCAUCUUAAGAGAUCCAGCAAUGAGAUUAAUUUUGGAGCAAAUGCAGAAUGAUCCUAAAGCUUUACAAGACCAUUUAAAGAAUCCUGCUAUUGCUGAAAAAUUACAGAAACUUUUAGAAUCUGGCCUGAUUGCUAUUCACUGAAAAACAAUUCUAUUGAAUGCGGAAUGGAAUAUAUGCGAUAUAUAAGCUUCGAAUGACGAAUUCAUUUUGCUAUUGAAUUCUUGUAUUUUUAAUAAUAAGUUCAACGUUUCUUAAAACAACUCAGACAGAAAUAUUUUAAGCUUGAAAAGCAACACUGUUAUCAAGGACAUUAAAUAUUGUGCAAAAAUGUCUCGAUUACAGACUAACCCUAAGAUAUUUUCGAAAAAAUCACAAAAAAUCAUGAAAUGAUUAACUAAUCAAUAGGUAAUAAUUUUUUGCAGUUCCUGACGAAUGUGAAUUGUAUAAUAAUAGAAACGUUGUUUAAGCUAGAAAUCAAUAAUGAAAUAUUUUUUUUUCAUGCAAAUUCGUGUUCUACUAUGUAGUCAUUGUUUAUUUGUCACGGUCCAUUCAUUAUAUAGAUUACUUAAUAAACAUACUAUAAUUAUUAUAAAGUGACAUGUUUUAUUAUAU